CCGGCUCCUACCGGCAACUGGGGCCCCCGUGCGGCCGGUCCGGAGGGGGGGCUGCUGCACUAGAUGCCGGGAAACCCUCGGUGCCCCCGAGCCGCACCCACUCCCUGCAGCCAGACACAGGUUACCCCCGCGCCUCUGCCCCUCGUGUUCCCCAGGACAGGACGGACUGGCCCGUGGCUGCGGGGUCUGCGUCCAGGGUGCCACUGCUGCCCCUGCUCCUGCCUGACCCCUCCCACGGGCAUAUGCUGGGGCAUCCACAGGUGUUUUUGGAGAGACCAACCUGCUGCCACAGCUGUCCACUGUCAGCUCUAACCCCAGGGCUGGAAAGGAUGCUCUCAGCAGCAAUAAACACUGAGCCAGGCUAGCUCUCCUCCUUCCUCCCAUCCACCCUUACUUGCAUCUAUCCUUCCAUUCACCCUUUUUUCCUUCCAUUCAUCCAUGCUUCCUCCCAUCCAUGCUUCUUCCCAUCCAUCUGUCCUCCCAUCCAUUCUUACUUCUAUCCUUUCUUCCUUCCUUCUUUUUCUCCCUCCUAUCUUCUCUCCCUUCCAUCCAUCCUUGCUUCCAUCCAUCCCUCCAUCCUUCUUUUCCUCUCUCUUCCCAUCACUCUGGUUCUCUCCAUUUCCCACCUGUCCCUCCCUCUUCCUGCUCUCUGCAGCCUCCUCUCCCUCUCCUGUCUCCUUCCCUCUAACUCUCCGUGACCAUCUCUUUUUCCAGCCAAGUUCAGCUGGGAGUGAUGAAUCCCCCUCUGGCUGCUGCAGACCCAGUGGUGCUGCAAAGGGUGCCCUGUACUCAGGGAAGGCCCUUCGGCAGCUGCACGGCUCUAACAAAAGCUCCCCUUGUCCAACACAAAGUGCCAUUAUUCCCCAAACUUCUGGGUGAAACACUGUGCUGAGGCGCGGGAGCAUAAGGGAUGCAGUGGUGAAGAGGCAUCGUGCACCCAGCUCUGUGCCCUGGGGAGAGUGGCUAGUCUGGGAGGAUUGCUGGGUGUGCAGGCAGGGGUAUGGGCAGAGCUGCCCAGAAUCGAGAGGAGCUGGGCUUUUGCUGGGUCCCUGGCAAAGGAAGGAAGCUGUCACCCUUGGCUCUCUGCACGGGAUUGCAUGUGGGUUAUCCCCAGCCCACACAAGAAGCACCUCAAAACCCCUGUCCUGCAGCAGAGUGGUUCCCCAGCUUAGAAGGGUGCAGGGGGGGCUCCACGGGUGGAUCAAAGUCCUGACCUGAGUCUCCUGCUCCCUCCCUUCCUGCUGCCCCUGUGUGAGUCUUGGGGAGCUUCUCUUUUCUGCUUGGCAUGACGACGGAACCCUCUGCAGGGCCAGCAAGGGACAGACACAGCAGCAUACCAUGGGACAGCACAGCCCCGGGAAAAGCAUCCUUCAUGGACCCGGGGCCUGAAGCCUUGGGGACAUGGAGCCCUGAGUACCUCUCAGGGGACUUCCUUUUGGGGUGGCCAAGCUCCUCUCUCUGUGUGGGGUCAUCUGCAGGUGGCUGUACCCACCCACCCACAGUUCUCUGCUCUGUGCUGGUGCUGUCUUGUGUUCCCCAGUGGUCCCAUGGCCUGGUUCCUGGCCCUGAUCUCUGCCCAGCCCACCCAGGCAGCACUGGUCCUGGCUCCCAGCCUGGCUCAGAGCCACAUUCCUUGGGCAACAGGGUGAGGGUGUCUGGACCUACUGGCUGCAAGUCCUUCUAGGGCAUUGUCUCUGCUGCCAGGGUGUCCUGGGACAGCACUUGCAGGUGACAGCUACAAGUGCCAUGAAAAAGCUCCCUCCUGCUCCAAAAGACAUCCUCAAUCCCUCAGGGAAAUUCUAUUGCCAGUGCUGUCUGUGGAGGGGAACGGCCCCAGCCAGUGUGGCCCUGGGCCCUCAAGAUAUGGGACAGCAGCAGGAUGAUGCUGAAUGCUCUGGCCAGGCAGAGACUGCUGCCCACAGCUGACAGGGCUGGCUCAGGCCAGGCUGGGAAUGGUGCCCACAGAUUGUGGUAUCUGGGCUCUCAAUCAUGCAGUGGAAGAAAUGCAGAAAGAGAGUGAGAAAAGAUGACAGGAAGCUGGGGACAUGGUUACGGAGGAAGGAACACCCUGCCUUGGGGCUACAGUUGGCCUCUGAGGGCUCCCGGGGUGACACUGAAACCACAGAGCCCUGCUACACCCUGGCACAGUGACAUGGCACCAUGCCCAACAGGGAUCCCAGGGACCUGACAGCCGGCAGGUCUAAUGGUACAGACCCCAGGGGCAUUAGAGCAGCCCAAGAACCCCCAGGGAGGUCUUGUUUGGGGUCUCGUUCCCAGCUCUGCGUGUGCCAGGGCAUAGGGCAUACCCCUGCCAGCUUCAAGAACAGUGCUGCACACCUUGGUAGUCCCCUCCAUGCCUCUGCCUCAGUUUUGCCAUCUCAUUUUGCCUGCCAGGGCUUUUAUGGAGACUUGGGUCCUGGACAGCAAUGGCAGGAGAGAACACAACUGAGCCAGACUGGGAGAAGGGCAGGAUCGGGGCCGGGACCCAGGAGACAGCUCGUGCAUGCACCACUGAGGCUCACACGUGCCCGCUUCCCCUUUUGGCAGGAAACAUCCCAGGCAGGGCAAUGCCCAGGGCUCAGCAGCACUGUGGGGGUGCUGGGGCUGCAUUCGUUUACAGUUUCAGGAUGAGUCAGUGGGAGUUGGAGUCGGGCUGGUAUCCUGUUUGCAACCAGGCUGCAGGUGGCAGAUGGGUGGCACCUUGUCGAGGCUGAGGGUGCCUAGCCAGCCAUGGGGCACCCACACAUCUAUGGGGCACAUGCUCAGCCAUGUAGCACCCACUCAGCCACAGGACACGCACAGUCACUGGGCGCCCAUUCAGCCCUAGGGCACCCAGCUUGCUCUGGGGCAUGCACCCAUCGUGGGGUGCCCACUCAGCCAGAGGGAACUGCCCCAGUCAUGGGGUACCCACCCAGGGUACAAGGUACCCACCUGGCCAUAGGGCACCCACCCAGCUGUGGGCGUAUACCAGCCCUCGGGGUGGCUCAGGGGAAGUGCUGGGAGCGGGCUGUGCCAGCUGCCACAUGGGGCAGGAAGGACCCGCCAUGGGGUUGGGACAAGGCAAAAACCACAGAAAAGAGGAAGCCUUUGAGUGCCCCAGCCCAGUGCGGCAGCGCCCAGGCAGACGCACCUGGCAUCUUGCACACCUCCAUCCCGGUAAGUCUGAGUUCAGCAUCGCCGACCACCAAGGGGAGAGGGGCUGAGAAAUGGGGCAGACCCUGGCACUGCUGGAGUAGGAGGUUCCCUUUCAGAUCAUCCCCAAAACGGGGGCAGCAUCCCUGCUGCUGGGGAGAGGGACCCACAGCAUUGAUGUGCAGUGCAGGGAACCAGGAAAGCUUUCCCAGCCCUCUCUGCUUCCCAUGCCAGGUUUGUCUGGAGCCUAAACUUAGCUUGGUAUAUUUUAGCAGGACAGAUGGAGCGGGCCAAGGCAAGGAAGGGAUUUUUUGCAGCCAAGCUGCAGUGCUGGGGUGGGUGGAAAAGUAGGGCACUGCUUUCCAGGAGACUCCAAUACUGGAGGAAUGGGCCCAGCCCCAGCUGGCACCAGGAUGCAGGCAGCCCGUGUGUUUCCAGAGGUUUCCACAAAAGAGAAACCACCUUUGCUACUGAAUGCCAUGGGUGGCCUGCAGGCACUGAGCCCUGCCCUGGGACUGGCACUCCAGACUGGGCUCAAGCUGGUGGCUAGUCUCCAGCCCAGCCAAGCCACCUUCACCACUGCUCUGCUCCCAGCAGCGUUGCUGGUUAAACCACAGUGGAGGCCCACGGCAGACAGAUGGGUACCGUAGGAGGGUGAGUAUCCCACAGCUGGAGGGCCCAUGUGCCUGCGGGCUGAGCCCCAUCAGUGGCAGCCCCAAGGGCUGCACUGCCUUCCCUGCCUUCCCUGCCCUCCCUUCCCACGCUGCCCUUUCUGCCCUUUUUGUUCUCACUGCCCUCCCUGCCCUUCAUGCCUGCACAGCAAAGUCCUGGCCAUCUGUGACAUUCUGAAUAUAAAAUAUAAGUGUUUGGGGCACUGAGGCUACAACCUCCCAGCUUGCUGGGGCUCCUCAUGUCCUUGGGGGCUGGGGAUAGCACCCUGAUCUGGGGAGAGCACCUCGAGCUUGGGGAUUGCCUUGUCAUUGUUGCAGGAGAAUGCUGGGGCACUUCUUGGGCAGGACACUCCAGUCCUGAAACUCCCUGAAUGGAGUUUCAGACUUCACAGUCAGCCCCAGAGACACUCCAUUUUGCAGUGGGGCCUCACCGUGGGGUUAUUUAGGUGGGACUGGGAUCUUCUUCCUCAUCCUCUGGUGCACAGCUGCGGCAAGGCUGGCUGCAUAUCAGGUUUGACAUAUUCUGGACAAAGUAAGGAGUGGGACCAUGGCUACAUGUCAGGUGGGGAAACUGAGGCACAGAGCAAGCACCAAGGACCUCUUGUGAUGGGCAGUGGGGCAGGGGGCACAAGUGGAUGCUUCCCAUCAGCUCUGCACCUUCUGGUAGUAUCUGUGCUCGCCCAAAGAUGGAGACACCAGGGAUCAUGGGAGGGAGAACAAAGACCACCCUGGGGUGACACCAGGUGCACAGGGAACCCUGUGGUACAGGGGAGCAGACAGUUCAGGGGUGAUAUUGAGGACCAGGUUUCAUGGAGAAGGCCUGUCUCUGGCCCCCAGAUCCCAGCACCUCCCAGUCACCCCUUGCUCCCGGCAAGCUGAAACGAUGGCCAUUGGUGGUCUCUCCUCUGUCCCAGGCGUCAGCUUUGUCACCUGAGGAGGUGACAGCCAUCCUGCCAGCAUGCCCCGGGCAUCACCACUGCCACGGUCGCCAUGGGGCCGGCCUGGUGUGAAGACCUUGGUCACUGCUGGGGUGUUUGUAACCAUGCUCUGGAACCUGAGGUGCUUCCUCAGCCCCUCCAAUGGCUCCAGAGAAGACUCCAAACACACAGAGCCACUGCUGGUGCUGGUGUGGGAAUGGCCCUCGAAGCAGGUCCCCAAUGUCAGUGGGGACGUGUGCCACGAGCUGUAUGGCGUCACAGGCUGCUGGCUCACCACAGAGCGGCAGCUCCUGCACCAGGCCGAUGUGGUGGUGUUCCCCCAUGCCAGGCUUCAGCCUGGCCAGGACAGGCUGCCCAAGGAGAGACCACCAGGACAGAACUGGGUAUGGGUCUCCCUGGAGUCCCCCUCCAACAGUAGAGCUCUAGCAGGAUGGAACCAGACCUUCAACUGGGUGAUGACCUACAGGCAGGACUCAGACAUCUUUAUCCCCUAUGGCAAGCUUGUGCCCAACCGCUCGGCCACUAUGAACAUCCCUGCAAAGACCAACUUGGUAUCCUGGGUUAUCAGCAACUACCACAGGACUCAGAAAAGAGCUGAAGUCUACAAAAACCUCUCCAGGUACCUCCAUGUGAAUGUAUACGGGAAAGCAAACAACAAACCCCUCUGCAAGGACUGCCUCUUGCCAACAACAUCCAAGUCCAGGUUCUACCUGGCCUUUGAGAACUCCAUCCACCGGGACUACAUCACAGAGAAGCUCUGGAGGAACUCGCUGCUGGCCGGCACUGUGCCCGUGGUGCUGGGGCCACCCCGGGCCAACUAUGAGCAGUUCAUUCCUGCCGAUUCCUUCAUCCACGUUGAUGACUUCAACUCCCUGGAGGAGCUGGCCAUCUUCCUGAAGACCAUGAACUCCAGCCGCUACCAGCAGUUCUUUGCCUGGCAGAGGAGGUUCAGUGUGAAGCUCUACACUGACUGGAGGGAGCGGAUCUGCACCAUCUGCACCGCUUACCCCCACCUGCCCCGCGGCCACCUCUAUCCCGACCUGCAGAGCUGGUUCAACUCCUAGUGUGUGCCAGGACCAUUGGGAGGUAUCCAGGCAGAGGAUACAGGGGUGGGAGGUGUGUGAGGCACCCACCUGCAGACCAGUAUGUGGGGCACGGAGAGAAGGGAGGACAACUCUUGUCCCAACCCAGCUGUUGCCACACUGGGACCUUGAGCAACUCCCCAUGACUUAAUUUUCCUGACCCAAUGUUGACCAUCUUGCCAGAGUGCUGGCAGGACCAGAGGGUGCUUUGGAAAUAAAUGGUAUAUUGCUGCCGA